GGAUGAGAAGGAGGGAGAGAAAAGCGCCUGGAUCCUCCUCUCUCCUCCCUGUGACGUCGGUCUGGUCCCGGGGUGCGCUGCGCUCCGGUCCUGUCUCAGCGCAAACCCACUUGAGUUGGCGCGUCGCUCCUCCACGCAACCUGCUGUGCCGUGCGCGCGGUGCGGCGUUGUGCGUGACUCCACCUCCACCUUCCCCGCCUUGUCCCACAUAUUAGUGAAACUGCUCGAAGAGACACAGAGAACCCGAGACGCUGAGAACAAGAGAGGGCGGAAAGGAGAAGGAAAAAGAAAGAGAAUUUGGAAGAGAUCGUCGUUUUUUCCUCUCUCUUUCUCCUCCGAGAGGAUGCUGAGGAUAGCCGGAGUGUUGGCUGUAGUGGCUCUGGGGUUGAGCUCCGCUCGCACCAAAGUGAAUAAGCACAAGCCAUGGAUCGAAACAUCGUACCAUGGGGUGAUCACUGAAAACACCGACGUAGUUCUGCUGGACCCUCCUCUGGUGGCUCUGGACAAAGAUGCUCCCAUCCCUUAUGCAGGGGAGAUCUGUGCGUUCAACAUCCAUGGGCUGCAAGCUCCAUUUCAAGCAGUGGUACUAAAUGGUACGUCUGGCGAGGGUCAGCUCCGAGCCUGUGGCCUGGUUGACUGUGAACUGCAGAAGGAGUACACGUUCAUCAUUCAGGCUCAUGACUGUGGGUCUGAGCCCGGAGGCACUGAAAGCAAGAAGUCCCAUAAGGCAGUGGUGCACAUUCAGGUCAACGAUGUGAACGAGUUUGCCCCAGAAUUUCGGGAGCCGCAGUACCGUGCUGCCGUGACAGAGGGCAAGAUUUAUGACAACAUCCUGCAAGUGGAGGCCACUGACCAAGACUGUUCACCGCAGUACAGCCAGAUCUGCAACUACCAGAUCACCACCUCCAACACGCCCUUCGCUAUAGACCGCAAUGGUAACAUCCGUAACACAGAGAAGCUGGUCUACGAUCGACAGCAGCAGUACGAGAUCCACGUGACAGCCUGGGACUGUGGCCAGAAGAGAGCGUUGCACAGUGUUCCUGUCCGCAUUGAUGUCAAGCCUGUCUGCAAGCCUGGCUGGCAAGGUUGGAAUAAACGAGUGGACUACGAUCCAGGAACAGGCAGCAAACAGUUGUUUCCCAAGAUGCACCUGGAGACGUGUGGCGGCCCUCUGUCAUCUGUGAGGACCACGGUGGAGCUGCAGACCAGCCACAUUGGGAAGGGCUGCGACCGUGAGACCUACUCUGAGAAAUCUCUGCAGAAACUUUGCGGGGCCUCUUCAGGCAGCAGUGACCUCCUUCCCGCCCCCAGCUCGUCCACCAACUGGACAUCAUCCCUGGUGACCGACAGCGGGAGGGACAGUGACUUGAUCUUCAGGUUUGACGGUCAUCAGGCAGCAAAAAUCCCAGACUGGGUGGUUCCCCAGAACCUGACAGACCAGUUCACCAUAGCAACCUGGAUGAAGCAUGGCCCCAGUCCUGGGCUUAGAGCUGAGAAGGAAACUCUCCUCUGUAAUUCUGACAAGACUGAGAUGAACCGUCAUCAUUACUCUCUGUACGUCCACAACUGCCGUCUGGUGUUUCUGCUAAGAAGAGACUUUACUCAGGUGGACACAUUCAGACCUGCUGAGUUCCACUGGAAACUGGAGCAGAUCUGUGACAAGGAGUGGCACUACUACGUCAUCAAUGUAGAGUUCCCCGUGGUAACACUGUAUGUGGACGGAGUGACCUAUGACCCAUAUCUGGUGACAGAUGACUGGCCCAUUCACCCCUCCCAAAUUGAUAUGCAGCUAACAGUCGGUGCCUGCUGGCAAGGUGGGGAGGUGACCAAGCCACGGUUUACUCAGUAUUUCCGGGGCAGCCUAUCAGGACUGACCAUCCGACCUGGCAAGAUCGAGAGUCAGAAAGUCAUUUCCUGUCUGCAGGCUUGCAAAGAAGGAUUAGAUAUCAACUCGCUGGAGAGCCUGGAUAAGAGCAUCAAGUUCCACUUUAAUCCAGCCCAGUCCAUCCUGGUAAUGGAGGGAGAAGACAUGGAGAAAAUGAAUGCUGCUGUGAGAAAGGUUUCUUACAUAAACUCACGCCAGUUUCCCACACCAGGAGUCCGACGUCUGCACAUCUCUACUGCUGUCCAGUGUUUUGGCGAAGACACUUGUAUCACCAUUCCGGAUAUUGAUGCAGUGGUGAUGGUGCUUCAGCCCAGCGAGCCCAGGAUUACCAUCACAGGAGUGGAGAGAAUAAGUCGACCAGCUUCUGACCUCGGAAUGGCAGGAGGUGUGGCUCUGUUUCAGGACUUGUACAUCAUCAGUACAGUCACCAGGGCUGAUGCUGCUGCACACCACGCAGCGCAUCGUCCUGGGGUGUUAGAGGAGAUCAUUCAUAACUUGGACUAUUGUGAUGUCCUGGUGUUGGGGGAGGAGCUGAGGCCAGAGGAAGAGUCUCUCCAACUGCAGCGCAGCGUUCUGGUGGGAAAACACCUUGAUGCUACCAACUCCACCUCCGGCAUGUCCAUAUAUGGUGUGGACUCCAUGUCCAACUAUGAGCAAGUGAUCCGACAGGUCCGCUACUACAUCUGGCAACCUGGACAGUUGACAGAGAGAAGGUUUCAUCUCACCUGUUCAGAACUCAAUGGACGUUACACCAGCAAUGAGUUCAACUUAGAGAUCAGCAUCCUCCACAGUUCAGAGGCCAGGCAGCAUGUCAGUCAUAUGGUAGCCCCGCUUCUGUACAUGCAGAAAGUUCACCAUCCGUCCAUGAUGCAAGACCUGUACCCCAACCACAGCUCAGGUGUGCCGAGUGCUGCCACCAUAGUAAUUGUGCUGUGUAUCGCCGCCCUGGUGGUGGUGGUAGUACUGGGUAUCUACCGUAUCCACUUGAUGCACCAACAGGAUGUCAAACUGGAUGAAAUAACGAAAGAGGCAGAAGUGACUUGGGACGACUCGGCCCUGACCAUCACCUUGAACCCAAUGGAGAACCUGGAGGAGCCUCAGGCUGCAGAGGAGGACACGAGUGAGGAGGAGGAGGAGGACGAUGACGAUGAUGAUGAGGACGACGACAACGACGACAUCACCAGUGCCGAGUCAGAUGACAGCGAAGAGGAUGCUGAUGUCCAGCUACCCAAGGUGCAACGCUGCAGCAAGAAGGAUCAAACCUGGGACAAAACAACAAUAUCUUACUGAGUGGCACAUUCAGAGUGAAACACACACGCACAGACACACAGCAACACAGCCAUACAGAAAUAUCACCUAUGAUGGUUGAAACAAAAAGACUUUCUCUGUUCUCUCAUGUUGACUUUGAGGCGUUAAAAAUGAGGUCAUAUCGCCACCUACUGGACAGCCACACACCAGGCUUGUCAGAAAUUCUCCCAUUUUCUCCUCUGUUGAACAAUCAAUAGUCUGUGACACAAAAUCAGAAAACCCUUAUUUCAGUUUGACAUCAGAUUUCACAGUGAGAUUUCAGAUCACCAAUAAAAAUGCAAAACAGUCCUCAUUUAAAAAAAAAACCUGACUUGCAAAACUGAAGAAAUGAUUUAUGCUGUUCAUCUUUAUUCAAAGUUGAAGCGGCAAACGAGGUGAUUUUACAAAAAUACAACUUUUCCAGCUGAAGUCAUGAAUAAAAGUUUAGAUUGUGUCCUGUUACAGUUCAGGUAGAAGUAGUCAAGGGGAUCUAUCUGACUUCUAGGGGUUUUGGACUGAUUUUGGGAGAAAAACAAAAAUGAGUGUCCUUGUAAAUUUUUAUAUGCUACUAGCAGGUGACCCUCCACUCCUCCACAAACACGCAAUCUGUACACCAAGCACAUUCCACCUCCUCAUAUGUAUGUACACCUUGUUAGCCUGCAGGACUCGGUGACUUUGAGCCUGCGGUCCUCUGUGCGCAUAUGCAGUCCUCAGUGUUCAGGCUGUUCUAGCUGACUGAGAUUCUGGUUUUAUUUUAAUGGAUGCGUUACCCAGCCAGGUGAAGGUACACUAUCAGAUGACAUGGAUCAAGAUAAAACAGCAAGGCUGCAGCAGAGCAUGUGUUUAAAUCACAAGAUUUAUAUUAUGGAGACGCUUGUACCCACAGGUGAAAAAUUUUAAAGGUGAUGAGAGUUAG